UCUGCGGUGCAUGCUGGGAACUGUAGUUCGCGCGGCCUCUCCCUCGCGGGUAGCCGGGCUCAGGCGGAGCCGCAGGCGCGGGAACGGGGAGGGGGCGAAGGCGGGGAGGCCGUUUGCACGCUCGGACUCCCGGCGCAAGCCCGCCUCUAGCGGGACCGAACCGGCAGCGGGCGCCUCCUAGCCCUGCCCACAGGACAAGCCCCGCCCACCGGACACCACGGAAGAGCCCGAGGUUUUCCUGCAUUUCCUGCUCUUCUCUGAGGCCAGCUUGGUCCUUCGUCAUGUGGAGGACAGGAAGGGAGUGACAUUAGCACCUGCUGUGGCAAUGGAAGAGUUUCGAAGGGCCUAUAUCCAGUUGUGUAAGGAGAGUGGUGUUCAGCCACAGGAGACAGUCCUGCAGCAGCUACAUGAGCUCCGGGAGGGGCCAGGACAAAGCCACUUGAAUUUUGCCACCCAGAGCCUUUCUGUGGAUACAUGCAGAGUCCUAGGGAAGCUUUUACAGGACGAGAUCCUGUUUACGGAGAUCCUGCUGAGUGACUGCAUGCUGAAUGAAGAAGGGGUCAGACAUCUGCUGAAUGGACUUUGCUCCAACACUGUAGUAAAAUCUUUGGACUUGAAGGGGAAUAACCUGCGAGCUCUGGGUGCUGACUCUUUGGGGAAACUCCUCAGGCAGAACAAAUCCAUCAGAAGCCUCACCUUGGAGUGGAACAGCCUGGGCAUGUGGGAGGAGGGCUUUUCCCUCUUCUGCCAGGGACUAGGAGGCAACCGCUUCCUCCAGUGGCUGGAUCUGCGCAAUAACCAGAUUAACCACCAGGGAGCAGGAGAGCUGGCCAUGGCCCUGAAAUGCAAUUCCAGCCUACAGGAGCUGGAUUUGCGUUGGAAUAACAUUGGGCUCCUGGGGGGCCGAGCGUUACUGAGCUGUCUGCACAGCAACAAGACCUUGAGGAGACUGGAGCUGGCUGGGAACAACAUCCCCAGUGACAUCCUGAAGGCUGUGGAACAAGCCAUGGAUCACAACCAGGAUCGCCAGACCAUUCUGGCUGAGAACCACAGCCGGACACGCGUGCUCAGUAAGGAGAUGUUUAAUCUGAAGGAGGAGAAGACUAAGCAGUUCCUGGAUUUGAUGGACACUAUUGAUAAACAGAGAGAAGAAAUAACCAGGAGCAGCAGGACAUCAGCAGCACGAGUUGGCCAGUUACAGGAAGCCCUGAAUGAGCGGCAGUCUGUCAUGAAUUCAUUAAAAGCCAAACUGCAGAUGACUGAAGCUGCAUUGGCUCUGUCUGAGCAGAAAGUGCACAACUUGGGAGAGCUGCUGAGUGCCACAAAGCAGGAGCAAGCCAGCAUGACUGAGUGCCAGUUGAAGGAGCUCCGGCAGCAAAAACAGGAAGCUGCUGAUCGGGAAACAAAGCUGCUCCGGGACCUAUCUGCUGCCAAUGAGAAAAACCUGCUUCUAAGAAAUCAGGUGGAUGAGCUAGAGAGAAGGUGCAAAGCCCAGCAGGACCAGCUGUUCCAGGUGAAGCAAGAUUUGACAAACACAACAGCAGAGCUGAAACUGCGGGCCGUGCAGGCAGAGGAACGCCUAGAAAUGGAGAAGAGGAGAUUUAAACAGGGCUUGGAAGAUGUGGAAUCCCUUCGAAUGAAAGAGGUGGAUCACAUGACACAUCACAUGGAGGCAAGUGAGCGCUCCAUGCAGGAGAGAAUCCAGAGGCUGGAAGCCAUCCGGAUUGGGCUGGAGGAGGAGCUGAGCCGAGUCAAAGCAGCAGCAUUUGCUGAGCGAGGUCAGGCAGAGGAGGAGUUAAUCAAAGUCCGGGGCCAGGCCAGGCUGGAAGAGCAACAGCACCUGGAUCACUUGGAAGAGAAGCUACGGCUGAUGACACAGUCACGAGAUGAAGCUCAGAACUACUGCCUUCAGCAGAAGCAGGCAGUGGGAGAGGCACAGGCCAAGGUCAGCCAGCUGACCCUGCAAACCGAAGGGUUCAAGAGGCGCGUGGAGGAACUACAACAGGACCUGAACGGCAAGGAGCAGGAGAAGGUGGCUGAGGUGAACAAAGUGAGAGUGGAGCUGCAGGAGCAGAUUGGACACCUGCAGGCUGAAAGGACAGCACAGGAAGGGCUGAAAGAGAAGAUUGCUGCCCUGGAGAGGCAAUUGAAAGUGUUAUCAAGUAACCACCGGGAGGCCCUGCUGGAUAAAGAGAGUGAAAUCUCUACUCUCCAGGAGAAGCUGAGGAUGAAAGAGGCUGAGAUCUCCAGGAUGAGGGAAGAGGAGGCCCAACGAGCUAGUUUCCUGCAAAACGCCAUCAUGGCCUAUGUGCAGGGCUCUGCCCUUGGAGCCUUCAGCCCUAGGAAAUGAGCAUGUCCUAAGGAAUUCCAGGUGCCUGCUGUCAGGAAUAGGGGGGCGUGAUCUGUGUGCAGCUCCUUUUUCCAGAACAUGCCUGGUUUCUCAGGAGAGUGGUGUUACUCCUCUCUGAAGCACAAGGGGGUCACAGACACAGAAUCCCUCAGGCCAUUCAGAAAUUCUGCUGCUGACAGAAAUGAGGUCUGAAGAAAGCAACUAGCCAAGCUGGGGUAGGGAUAGCCAGGACUGAGUUCUCCCACUUCACCGUGUUAGGCCCUGUCCACACUAGAGCUUGUAACAGUCUUUG